UUGGUUUGGAUCAGUUUCGCGCUAGGUUUUAGUUGCCAAGCUCAAUUUACUUGAAUCAAGAGUAUAAUCAACUCAAGUAUAAUUACUAUUUCAGCCUCACAGCGCCGUGAACUAAUACGACAUCGUCAGAAGAUUAUGUCGCGAUUACUCCGCUCGCUUUCUGACCUUCACCACUCAUGUUCUCAUCCCCCUGCUGCUGCAUCUAUCUCAUCCUCGGCUCGCCAUUUACACCGCCGCUCCAUGGCCACCACUACCACCAUCACCGACUCUGUAAGUCCAUCAAACACACGCGUAGGCUGGAUCGGAACGGGCGUCAUGGGCCGCUUCAUGUGCGCUCACCUAAUCAAAGCCGGGUAUACUGUCACUGUCUUCAAUCGGACCCUCUCUAAGGCGCAGCCCCUUCUCGACAUGGGGGCCAAACUGGCUAACUCCCCUCAAGCCGUCGCCGCACAAUCCGAGGUCGUCUUUUCAAUUGUUGGUUAUCCCUCCGACGUCCGCAAUGUCCUUCUCCAUCCAACUACCGGGGCUCUUUCUGGUCUCCAACCCGGGGGUGUCCUGGUCGACAUGACCACUUCGGAACCCUCCCUCGCCUCUGAGAUCGAAGAAGAAGCUUCCGCUAAGAACUGCUUCUCAAUCGAUGCCCCUGUCUCUGGCGGAGACCGCGGUGCCAAGAACGGCACUCUGGCUAUAUUCGCCGGCGGGGACAAGACCGUCAUCCAGCGCCUGAAUCCCCUUUUUAGCCUCCUUGGGAAGGUCAAUUACAUGGGAAGCAGCGGCAAAGGCCAGUUCGCGAAGCUAGCGAACCAAAUAACGAUUGCGUCGACAAUGGUUGGCUUAGUGGAAGGAAUCAUAUAUGCGCACAAGGCAGGGCUAGAGGUGGGGCUGUUUCUGGAUGCCAUAUCGACGGGAGCUGCGGGGUCAAAGUCGCUGGAUUUGUACGGAAGUAGGAUAUUGAAGAGGGAUUUGGAACCAGGGUUUUACGUGAACCAUUUUAUUAAGGAUUUGGGGAUUUGUCUAAAGGAAUGCCAAAAGAUGGGACUUGCUUUGCCUGGUCUGGCUCUUGCCCAACAGCUUUACCUGUCGCUCAAGGCUCACGGGGAGGGUAAUUUAGGCACACAAGCGCUUAUUUUAGCUCUUGAGAGGCUCAACAAUGUUUCUGUUGCUCCUGCAGAUUCGUCUUGUGUUGCUUCAUCGCCCUGAGACUGAUAAAAUUAUGGAGCUAUUGAAAUGGUAUAUUUGUUGUUUCAAUUAUGAUCAGUCCAAUAAUAGAAUGCUCUAUAUAUGUUGAUGCCUCAUAUUUAUAGUUAAAAUGUGUUGAAA